UCCCGUUCGCAGGAGCAGCUGCUACUGCGCAACCCCAUCCCCGCCCGCUCCAGCGCCGCCACCUCCUCUGCGCUGCCCGUGCUAGUGAAGCUUCACAGAGUUCAUCAUGCAUCUUGUAUUCAAGAAGAAUGGCUGACCCAUUUGAAAGAGUUCACAAAAUAACGGUGACAGUUGAAGACCAGGAAAGCAUGAUCUAUGAGGAAAGUGAGAAAGAUUUAUUUAGCUCAAAGACAACUUUGAAGGGGAGAUAAUAUAUAAUAAGUGUUUAAAGUUGUUAAAUGUUCUUGCACAGAAGAAAAGGAGCCUUUUUGUUCUCUGUAUUCACAGAAAAUAAUGGAAAUUACUGGAAAAUAUAGUUUAGGUGCAAGGGAAAGAGUUAAUAAAAGAUAAGAAGGUAAUGAAAUAGUUUUGGAAAGUUGUGAAAUCUUCAUCAAAGAUCUCUAAAAGAAGGCUAGACAAAUGAUUUUCAAAAAAGGGAACUGGGAGUGACUUGGAAAAGAAAUCUUAGGACUCUGGUACUGGUUUUACUGGUCCUGAAUCACAGGAAAGGAUUUAAAGGUCAUCAAACAAAAUCCAUCAAGGAGCACAGGCUUUUUAACACUCAGAUAUGUCUACAUGCUAUUUUGGAGGCAAACAUGAACUCACACAAAGGAACUGAUCUGGAAGCAGUACAGACAAAACACACAUGGCCCAGUGCCAAGCUGAAAAGGCCCACUCAGGGUGACACUGUUUUCUGAGCUCCAAAUUGAAAACUUCUAUCUUUAUGCUGGCACUUUUUGCUGAAAGACAAAUCACUUGAACUGCAUUUAACUACAAACCCGCUUCAAAAUCCUAUGUUCAUAUGCUUUUAUUUGAGUUCCAAUUGAAGUUAUGUGCAAAUAAAAAUAGAAGUAAAUGUUGAUGUGAUAAAUCAGAAACAUCUCAUUUGCUGUUCUCUAACAGAAACCUCUGCGAUGUGUUAACGUGCAUUUGUAGUGUUUCUUCUGUCCUUUGUAAGAACUGCAAAAGGCACAUGCAUGAAGAAUUUUAAUAGAUCUACAGGAAUUUUCCUUUUUAAAUACUGCUGGGCCAGAAAAACACCGCAGCCUCCUGUAACAUAGUGUUAAAAAGUAUCCACUUGAGCUGGAUUUUUUUCCAUGUUGUUCACUAUCAGCAUUCUUAGUUACACAAAUUACAACCUGUGCUAUAGACUCAUUUCUCUUAUGUAAGUGUGGUUUUAAAUCAACAGUAUACGCUGAACUAAGAACCUUUCAAACUGUAAAAAUAAAUUAGAAAAGAAAAGACCUAUUUUGCAGUAAAAACCACAUGCUUGGAAGAUAUAUAGAUAAGAGGGAUGUUCAAAUCACUUCAAAUGCCAGUCAUCCUUAGAGAGCCUUUGUUUGCAUUACUUUAACCUUGUCUUUUAAAUAUAGCAAGUGCAUUUAUUCAUCAGUCCUUUAUUUGAUUAUUGAGGGGUCUAACACCAAGUGGUUUUUACCCUGCUCCAGUGAGCAUCAUCAGCCUCAAAUGAAGCAGCUGUUCAACAGAUAGCAAAGCAUCUUUUUCUCUGAGGGGAAUAGAAUGUAUGUAGAGACUUCAAUAUACCAUUUGAAUACACAAAUGCAGCAUAUAAAGAUAUGUAAGGUGUAUAUCACUAAGUGUAGACCAUUUCUAGAAUAUAUUUGAAUAGAUGAGGAUACAGCUAUACCUGAAAAGAAUGUCUGAGCUAGCCUUGUGAAUAAAGUCUUUCAGUCCUUUCUGGUUGGACUUAGAUUUGGGGCUCUCACUGGGCUGUUGUAAAAUUAAUUAAUUCUAGAAUUGUGUUAAGAAGCUAUGAAGAAUUAAUUAGAACUGGUUUAAGGUGUUUGAGUGAUAUAAAGAAAUUCAUGACUGAUAAUCAUUCUUUCACUACCCUAUGAUGCCUAAUGUUAUCAUAGCAAAGUGAUACAAAGUACUUGUAAAAUUUAUCAGUGUGGAUUUACUUUUAAAAAAAUCAUUCAUAGAAGGGUUCAUAAUUUUAUGCAUUCCAGUUCUGAAAUGUGUCUGGUACAGAAAGCAGCACUGACACAAGUAGGGUAGUAAAAACUUGAGAGAUAUCAUGCUUAAGUUAAAACAUUUGAAUCAUCACGUUUUGUCAUGAACAAGACUGGUUACUAGUAUAGAUUCUUACUUUUUACCUAAGUGUCUCUUCCCUGGCCUUCUGCUUGGCCACCUUAUGUUAAAAUACAUUAAUGGAUUCUAAAUAAAAAUUUAUUUUUAUUUAUUGUGAUAUUGCAAGAAAAUAUUUGAUGUUUGCCUUAAUUUCACUUUUUAAGCCUAGAAUGGAUCUGGUUGUUAAAAGCUGCAUGUACACUGGGCCAGGAGACUAAAUUAUGCACACAUUUCUGUUCAUCCAGUAUUCCAGACUCUUUAAAUUUGUAGAAAAAGUAGAAAAUCUGCUGAUUGAAGGCCUCAGACAUAAAUGAAAAAUAAUGAGUAACCUCUCUGUGUGUUUCAUAGUCUUUGAUUCAGAAAACAAAGAGGAAAAAGAAAGGUAGAAAUAGGGAAAAUGCAAAAGUCUAUAUGACUCAGUAAGGCAAACUGCUCUUCAGACAGCCUAUAGUGAAGGCCUCAGAGUUUCUUUCCUUAGUGAAAACUAAAUAAAAAUUAAAAGUUAAAAUAGUUGCAAAAUCAGAUGUUUGGACUGGUAGAACAGAGAUUCUCUUGAUACUGAUUUUUAGUUUUAUACUCCAGCUUCCCCAUCUGAGCACUGCGCACUUUAGCACUGUGAAUAAGCAUAACUAGUACAGGGCUUCAAUUGAGAUGUAGAUGAAAAAGAUUUUCUUAAUUUUUUCAUGUAGCUAGCACAAGAGGAUAAAAACAGAAGUGGGUAGAAAGAAGAGCUGGAGGACCUUUGAAGAAAGCAUAACAAAAAGGGAAGACUUUGGACACAGGUUAGAGAAGACCAGAGAGACACCAGAGAACACAGCAAGACACAAAAGCCAAAACAUCACAAGCUGAAAUAAUGAAUAACCAAGAGGCUGAUGUUCUGCGUUGCUGGAGUUGUAGAAAAUACAUAGCAAAUUCUGUUUGCCUUGCCAAAUGCAAUGGAAAAGAACUAUCUGAAACAUCACAAACUUCAGCUGUUGCUCAGGACUCUUGCAAUGUGAAUUUAGAUGCCAUUCCAGAGUGGGUGAAAUGUGUCAUUGAAAAGGCAGAGUGGACAAUUGGAAAACCGCGCUGUCCAUUCUGUGAGGCCUGCUUAGUGGGCUUUAACUUUUUUUGCAACAAAAGAUAUUUCUGUGAACAGUUAGUAAAUAUACAUUUCUGCAAAACUCAGACUGACUCUCAACCAUCUUUCUCUGUUAAAUUGUCAAAAUCAUGAGGAAAAUGUCCUCAUUUGCCUGUCCUCAAAAAUCAGUCUGGUUUUAGCAAGGAUACCUGCCACGAAGUGGUAACUGCAACUUUGCAAAUCAAAAGUCAAGGACUUUCCUACAUGACCAGAAAUAAUAAUGGUCCUGGAAGAUUAACAGAAGUGCUUUGUCUAGAAGUAAAAGCUCCAAGAUAUGAGAUGAAAAGUAAAAAGCUUCCCUUAAGGGCAUUAAAUCAGAACAGAAAUCUCUCUUCUUCCUAUCCUAUAAAUGAUGCAUGCACUGUAAAACCUUUUCACAGAAGAUCACGUAGUUUGGAUUUACAUAUCAGAGAGAGACUGUUUUUGUCAUCUGUGUUAUAUGAAACUUGCAGUAUGGGAACAAUUUACCAUGGCCAAAAUGAAAACCCACCUGUUUAUGCACAGGGUGGCUUGCAAUUAGAGUCCAGAGAUGGUAGUUCUUUUCAGGACCUGUGUAGUUCUAGUGCUGCCAAACUACAAAACCAAUUUUAAGUUACAUCCUUUACCACAUUACUGCACAGAGGAACAGAAAGUGAGUAUGAUUUUGGAGCUCAUGGACAAUCUUCUGCAAGUAUCGUUGCUGAUAGGUCACCAUUUGUGCUGAAACUUUCUUCACCUAUGAGGGCUGUAGAAGACAAAGACUACCUCACACCUGUUGGUCUUGUGCAUACUACAAGUAUUUCCUUCAACCAAAAGCUGAGAAAGAGAGAAAGAAGCCUGAGGAGAAAGCAAAGACGGUGAGAACAAUGGGUACAGAACCAAGUAGGUGAUGAAAAUUGA